AUGCCUGUAUCUGACGAGGAGCCAGAUAACCUGUCACUCCUCCUGGAGGCAAUUAAAAACCAAUCUAUCCACCGCUUGGAGGGCAUUCUGCAGGACAUUGUCAAGCACAGCCCAGAAGGCCGCAAAAUCGCUUCAAAAUGGCUACUCGCAGCGAAGAAGGAUGUGAAAUCUGAGCCAGCUGCCCCCGUUUCUCCCAUUACUCCCAUUACUCCCGUUACUUCUGCCCUACCCGUCAAGGAAGAGUCCAUGGCCAGUGUCCCGAUGACAUCCCGUUUCGAAAACUGCAUCUACUGCCUGGAGAAUUUCGAGGUCACGCAAAAUUCGGAGACGAGCUGCAGAUAUCAUCUUGAGCCUAACGUGGUCGACGAGGAGUAUUUCAAAGCUGAGAUUGCUGCUGGAUAUGCUGUUGAUAGUGAUGAAUAUCGUCUGGCUUGGCCAGAGGGGUUUUUCUAUCCUUGCUGUGGAAUGGGGUUGACCGGGGAUAUGUGCCAGGUUGGUUGGCAUAAGGCUGCGGACCCGAAUGACCGCCCCCGUAAGCGGACUCGUCAGAGCGAGUUCGAAUGA